GCGUGCGGGCGGCAACGUCGCGCGCCCUGUGGAGGUCACCUAGGAGACCAGGCCGGCCCCGCCCACGGCGUCCGGCAGCCUAGCCCCGCCAGGGCGGAAAAUGCAAGAGCCUCCCCAAGAGGGUCCCGCAGAAUCCUUGGCACCUGAAAGCACAGCCAAGUCCCCGGAUGACAACCACACAGAUGGCCAGGAAGGCAACUGGCAGAACCAGGAUGAAGAAGAGGUAGAUGACCAGACUGAUCCCAGAACGGCUGAGCAGGUUGCCCAAAGAAUGUCCGGACAGACUGACCACAAAGGAUCUGAACCCACUGGGCGCCAAACAUCUGAUCAGGCUGAUCUCAGAGCCUCCGACCACGCUAAUGUUGCUCAGCGUAGUACAUCUGAUCAGGACGACCAAAGAAUGUAUGAACAGACAGACAGCAGGACAUCUAGCCAAGCCAGCCAUGUACAGUCUGAAGAGACUGACAGCCAGAUGUUUCCUCCACGUGAACAAAGAACUUCUCAACAGAUUGAACGCAGACGGUCCAGCCAGGUUGAAGGAAGAGAUUAUGGGCAGACUGACCGCAGAAGGUCCGACCAGACCGAGCCAAGAGCUUAUGAGCAGAGUAAUCGUAGAUUGUCUAGCCAGUCGGACAGAAGAACUUCUGAACAGAUUGACGGUGGAUUGUCGGUCUCAUCCGAACAAGGAGCCUCUGAACAGAUUGGCCGCAGAACUUCUGAACAGAUUGACAGCAGGUUGUCUGGCCUGGUUGAACGAAGAACUUCUGAAAAGACUGGUCACCAAGUUGACCCCAUAACAUCUCUAAAGACUCAGCAAAAAGUGGAUGAGGAAGCUGCUGAAGGAGCUGAGCAGCAAGCUGACAGCAGUGCUGAUCACCUUCCCGUGGACAAGGCUGACUACAGUGACCAGGUGGAUCACUUAUUGGCUGAAGAGAAUUCCUACAAAGACCACCUCGCUGACUAUGGAGCACCUGGCCAGUACGACGACAGAAUAUUUGCCCAAUUUGGUGACAUUAAGGGGUACAGAGAGGCUGAGCCCAGAAUAGAACCCUGCGAAUUUGAGACCAGAGAAAUCGACGGGGACAAUUCCCCAGUUUCAGGGGAAACAGACACGGAAAGUGCGACCAACGUGCAAGUGUUUGACUCAUUUGGUGCCAGAUUCAACAGUAAUUUGCAAGCAAAAGACCAAGUCUAUUCCCAGAGAUUCCCCUGUAUCUCAUCCAAGUUGGACUAUAUCAUCGGUCGGGAAAAAACUGAAGCCAUAGAAACCAAGCCUGAUGAUAUUCCAGAAUACCAAGAAGGAAGGAAAUCUUUUGGAUACAAUCAAACUUACAGGAGGCAGUUCCCUCCCAUUGUAUAUGAAGAUCCUUAUCAAGUUUCACUACGAUACAUGGAGAAGCACCACAUUCUGCAAAUAUUCCAGAAUCAAAUGCCUCACAAGGAAGUUUCUAUGUAA